AUGAUGCUCCCCGAUGAUCUCUCUGCGCCAAGCACCUUGAUGAUGUUUUUCUAUUCGGCGCAGAUUCACCUGCGAAAGCUACUUAACCGCAUCCACAUGGAUCUGUACAAGGCCGAGGAGCAGGGCCAAACGCGGUGGUCAUCCAUUUUGCAGGAAACUCUGAGCUUGAAUCUCGAUCACUGGCGCAACUAUCUCCCGGGCAUCAUGAAAUGCAGAGACUCCGAUCCCCCGGCCGCUGAUAUCAACGCGGCACGAAUGCGGGCUGAGUACUACAGGGCCCAGUACAUCAUCCACCGGCCUAUGCUGUACCAUGCUCUCCACUAUGGCCAAACAGGUGCACGGGUCGGUCCGGCCGGCCAGGCCUACGAUCGUAAUACUUGCUUCUGA